UUUUUUUUCGCUCCUGCCGAUCGCGGUGCGGAUUCCCCGUUUCGAGGAGAAAAACAGCUGAAAGAAGGAGAAAAAGGGAAAAAAAACUAAACCAACCCGAAAGACAAAAAGCAAACCUAGACGCGUCCCCCUCUCCUAAGGCCAAAAGCAAAGCAGGAGGGUCUCGCACCCCAAGAAUAAACCCCGGAGUGGGGCGCCUGCAAGUUGGGGCUGCGCUUUCCGCCUCUUUUCCUUUUUGAUUUUUUAAAUUUUAAUUCUUUUUCGGCCCCCGAAGGGGCAAGCGGGAAGCAAGUGCCCCCCGCUCCCGGCAGGCCCCCGCGCCUCGUCCCGCAGCAUCCCCGCUGCGAUGCUGCUGCGGCUGCUGGUGCUGCUGGGCGCCUGCCCGGGGCUGUCGCGGUGCCUCGGCUCCUUCGUGCAGUGCGAGCCCUGCGACGGCAAAGCGCUGUCGCUCUGCCCGCCGCCGCCGCUGGGCUGCGAGCUGGUGAAGGAGCCGGGCUGUGGCUGCUGCCUGACCUGCGCCCUGCCCGCCGGGCAGCCCUGCGGCGUCUAUACCGAGCGCUGCGCCCGCGGGCUGCGCUGCCUCCCGCGCCAGGGCGAGGAAAAGCCGCUGCACGCCCUGCUCCACGGCACCGCCGUCUGCCUCAGCGAGAAGAGCUACCGCGAGCAAGCGAAGGCCGAACGGGAGUCCCGAGAACAUGAGGAGCCAACCACAUCAGAGAUGACAGAGGAGACCUAUCCACCUAAGGCCUACCGGCCCAAGCACGGGCGCCUCUCCGAGCUGAAGGCUGAGGCCCUGAAGAAGGACCGCCGGAAGAAGCUGACCCUGGCCAAAUUCGUGGGCAUAGCGGAGAACACAGCGCACCCCCGCGUCGUCAUCCCUGAGCUCCGGCAAGAGUUUGAGCUGGGCCCCUGCCGCAGGCACAUGGAGGCAUCCCUGCAGGAGCUCAAGAGCAGCCAGCGGAUGGUCCCCCGUGCUGUCCACCUCCCCAACUGUGACCGAAAGGGCUUCUACAAGAGGAAGCAGUGCAAGCCCUCCCGAGGCCGGAAGCGUGGGUUGUGUUGGUGUGUGGACAAAUAUGGCAUGAAGCUGCCAGGGACUGACUACCUGAGUGGAGACCUGCAGUGCCACGCAUUUGACAGCAGCAAUGUGGAGUGAAGUUGCAUCCCCUCCCUCUGCCCCAUCACUACCUACCCAGGCUCCCUUCCACCCUCCCCUCCACACCUCCCUGUGCCCCGGGACUCCGAUUCCUUUCAUCUCAUGUAAGAAGAAAAAAAGAAAGGAAAAGAAAAAAGAGAAAGGAAGGAAACGGGAAAAAACAGAAAUGGAAAAGAAAGAAGAUAAAUAAAGAAAGGAAAAGCAAAAAGUAACAGAAGGAAAAAGAAAGCAAAAAAUUAAAAGGGAAAAGAAAGAAGAAAAAAGAAAAGAAGGAAAGGAAAAUUUAAAAAAAU